AUGAAUGUGUGGCUAGUUUUGUUGUCUGUUUUAUAUUCAACCACCAUUAUUUUCUGUAAAGUUUUAAUUGCUGAUAAUUCAAUUACUUUGCCGAACAACAUUGGCAGUCGCGAAGACUGGUUUAUAUUGGCCAAGUAUUACGCCAGCAUUCACAAACCGUAUAAUGUGAAGAAAUAUGUGCCUUACAAGCCUUCAAACAACACAGCUACAGUGGAAACUCCUUUAGCAUCAUUACCGAUCCAUACCAGCACCACGGCACUGCCGGAGAUCCCAACUCAAACAUCAAGCUAUGAUUCUAAGUGGAACAAUAGCACAGAAGGCGAUCAUAUCGAACAGACUAGUGAAACAGGAAUUGUUGAAACAAGUACAUUUGAAUCUACAACGGAAACAUUGACGAGCACCACAGAGAUGCCCGAAACAUCCACCUUGUUGCUGUCUAUAAUUGGGAAAACACCAGGCAUUGAAGCUACUACCUCAUAUUACGAUGCUAUAGUCGAGAGCACCGAACAGCAAUAUUUAAGUUCUACAAUCGAAACAGGUUCAAUGGUUAAUGAGGCCAUUUCAACCACUACAACAUCGCCUGAGCCCGAAACAACGACCGAGCUGAGAGAUUCGACCUUCCAAACGUAUAACGAGACAAGCUAUACAAGCGAAGCUCCUGCAUCGUCUAUAGAUGUCACCACCGAAAUCAGCUUUGAUGCAGUUUCAACAUCAUCCCCGCCAGAGACGACAACCGAUGUGGGAGAUACGACAACUCGACCUCCUAUAUUCACGGUCGAAACACCAUCAUCCGCCGAAGAAACCACUAAUAUCAACUUUGUGCUGCCAACAACGUCCUUCGAACAAGAAACCACAACGGAAUUGGGAGUUACAACAACCUCGUCGGAACCGGACACUACAACAGACGAGGCAGAUACGACAACCCAACUUCUUAUAACCACAACCCAAUCACCACCAACCACAUCAUCGCAACCGGACACUACAACAGACGAGGCAGAUAAAAUAACCCAACUUUCUAUAACCACAACCCAAUGUCCACCAACAACAUCAUCAGAUCCGGACACUACAACAGACGAGGCAGAUACGACAACCCAACUUCUUAUAACCACAACCCAAUCACCACCAACAACAUCAUCGCAACCGGACACUACAACAGACGAGGCAGAUGCGACAACCCAAUUUCCUAUAACCACAACCCAAUCACCACCAAGAACAUCAUCGGAACCGGACACUAGAACAGACGAGGCAGAUACGACAUCAUCUGAGCUGGAAGCCACAACAGAAACGGCAGAUACAACCACACAAAUACCUAUAUCCACAACCCAAACAACACUAUUAGAGAAUACCACAACUGAAUUACCAUUUAUCCCGACCAGCACUAUUGCUUUUGAAGGCACCACCGAAGCUGAUGCAGACGUCGAGGUAACUACAGCUGAGCCGAUGGCCAAAACUACCUCUGGAAAUGCCAUUCUUGUGGAUGAUAUAAUUCAGGCUAAGCCGCGAAAGUUUACAUAUUCUUCAGAUGUAAUGCCCGAGAUGGAAUGGUAG